UCACCAGAGACAGCAACGGAGAGAGAGAGAAACUACUCUUGGGAAGAAAAAAGAGAAAGCAGUGAAACAACCUGCCGUUCUCUUCGCUUUCUCCAAAAAUUUCUCUCGAUCUGUGCAAUUAUUCUGAAUUACAAUCAUGUCCUCGCUUAGCAGAGAACUUGUGUUCCUCAUACUUCAAUUCCUUGAUGAGGAGAAAUUUAAAGACACUGUUCACAGAUUGGAGCAAGAAUCAGGGUUUUUCUUCAAUUUGAAAUAUUUCGAGGAAAUGGUGACAAAUGGAGAAUGGGAUGAAGUAGAGAAAUAUCUUUCAGGGUUUACAAAAGUUGAUGAUAAUAGAUAUUCCAUGAAAAUUUUCUUUGAGAUUCGUAAACAGAAGUACCUUGAAGCUCUAGACAAGAAGGAUCGUACUAAAGCGGUGGAGAUUUUAGUUAAGGACCUUAAAGUGUUUUCUACAUUUAACGAGGAACUUUUUAAGGAAAUUACACAUCUAUUGACAUUGGACAACUUCAGAGAAAAUGAGCAACUAUCAAAAUAUGGAGACACAAAAUCUGCUAGGGGUAUAAUGCUUGCUGAAUUAAAGAAGUUAAUAGAGGCUAACCCUCUUUUCCGUGAUAAGCUUCAGUUUCCCACCUUGAAGAAUUCAAGAUUGCGGACACUAAUAAAUCAGAGUUUGAACUGGCAGCAUCAACUUUGUAAGAAUCCAAGGUCUAAUCCGGACAUCAAAACCCUAUUUGUGGACCACAGUUGUGGACAACCAAAUGGUGCACGAGCUCCAUCCCCUGUCACUAAUCCUUUAAUGAGUACUGUUCCAAAGGCAGGGAGUUUUCCUCCACUGGGUGCUCAUGGUCCCUUUCAGCCCACACCGCCUGCACUUCCAACCUCUCUUGCGGGAUGGAUGGCUAACCCAACUCCCGUGCCACACCCUGUGGCUUCUGCUGGACCAUUAGGACUUGCUGCACCUAACAAUGCAGCUGCAAUCUUGAAACGUCCUAGAACUCCUCCAACCAAUAACCCUGCUCUGGACUAUCAGUCAGCGGAUUCUGAACAUGUUUUGAAGAGAUCAAGGCCCUUCGGAAUGCCAGAGGAGGUCAAUAAUCUGUCGGUAAAUAUUUUGCCUGUUCCAUAUGCCGGCCAGACCCAUAGUCAGAGUUCUUACUCUCUUGAUGACUUGACCAAGACUGUUGUUAUGACUCUAAGUCAGGGGUCUUCUGUCAAGAGCAUGGAUUUCCAUCCAGUGCAACAAUUUCUACUUCUUGUGGGAACAAACAUUGGUGAUAUUAUGGUGUGGGAAGUUGGUAGUGGUGAAAGGAUAGCUCAUAAAACAUUUAAGGUCUGGGACCUUUCAUCAUGUUCAAUGCCUCUGCAGGCAUCUUUGGCAAAGGAUUGUACAGUAUCAGUCAACCGCGUGGUGUGGAGCCCUGAUGGAGCUCUUUUUGGUGUUGCAUACUCCAAGCAUCUUGUGCACAUAUUCUCCUAUCAUGGUGGUGAUGAUCUGCGUAACCGCUUAGAGAUUGAGGCUCAUGUUGGAAGUGUAAAUGAUCUUGCAUUCUCCUACCCAAACAAACAAUUGUGUGUUGUCACUUGUGGCGAUGACAGGGUUAUUAAGGUUUGGGAUACGGUCUCUGGGGCUAAACUGCAUACUUUUGAGGGUCAUGAAGCACCUGUCUAUUCUAUAUGCCCUCAUCACAAGGAAAAUAUUCAGUUCAUUUUCUCAACAGCAACCGAUGGGAAAAUAAAGGCAUGGUUGUAUGAUAAUAUGGGUUCAAGAGUUGACUAUAAUGCACCUGGUCAGUCAUCCACAACGAUGUCAUACAGUGCUGAUGGAACAAGGUUGUUCUCAUGCGGGACAAACAAAGAAGGGGAAUCAUUCUUGGUGGAAUGGAAUGAAAGUGAAGGAGCUGUCAAGCGGGCAUAUUUUGGUCUUGGAAAGCGAUCUGUGGGAAUUGUUCAAUUUGAUACGACAAAGAAUAGGUUCUUGGCUGCUGGUGAUGAGUUCACUGUCAAAUUCUGGGACAUGGACAAUCUUAAUCUAUUAACAAGUACACCAGCUGAUGGUGGAUUGCCGCCUUCCCCUUGCAUUAGAUUUAACAAGGAAGGAACAUUGUUAGCUGUUUCAACUGAUGAUAAUAGAGUUAAAAUUCUAGCAAAUUCAGAUGGGGUUAGGUUGCUACGGACAGUGGAGAACCGUUCGUUUGAUGCUUCUAGAGUUGCUCCUCCAGCUGUAGUAAAGCAGGCACCUAAUAUUGGUCCAUUUGGUUCUAACAAUGCAACCAUCGGAACGACCGUUGGUGAUCGGGCUGCACCAGUCGCUCCGAUAGUCGGACCAAAUAAUGAUGCUCGAAGUUUGGCUGAUGUAAAGCCCAGAAUUACAGAUGAAUCGGUGGAAAAAUCUAGGAUCUGGAAACUUACAGAAAUCAAUGAACCAUCACAGUGCCGCACCUUAAGGCUUCCUGAUAGUUUGACAGCAAUGAGGGUUUCUAGACUAAUAUAUACAAAUUCUGGGGUUGCCAUAUUGGCAUUAGCAUCUAAUGCUGUCCACAAGCUCUGGAAAUGGCAGAGGAGUGAUCGCAACAUAACUGCGAAGGCCACAACUAGUGUAGCACCCCAAUUAUGGCAGCCUUCAAGUGGAAUAUUAAUGACUAAUGAUAUAAGUGAUACAAAUCCUGAAGAUGCUGUUCCAUGCUUUGCACUUUCAAAGAAUGAUUCUUAUGUGAUGUCUGCAUCAGGGGGUAAAAUAUCGCUCUUCAAUAUGAUGACAUUCAAGACAAUGACAACGUUCAUGCCCCCACCACCAGCAGCUACAUUUCUUGCAUUUCAUCCCCAGGACAAUAAUAUCAUUGCCAUAGGCAUGGAUGAUUCAUCGAUCCAAAUUUACAAUGUUCGGGUGGAUGAGGUGAAGACAAAGUUAAAAGGUCAUCAGAAAAGAAUAACAGGUCUUGCUUUCUCUCAUACUCUGAACGUGCUUGUAUCUUCUGGAGCUGACAGUCAGCUCUGUGUAUGGAGCACAGAUGGAUGGGAGAAGCAAACUAGUAAGUUCUUGCAAAUACCUAAUGGUCGGGCAGCAUCUCCUCAUGCUGAGACUCGUGUUCAGUUUCACCUGGAUCAGAUACAUUUGCUGGCGGUUCAUGAAACACAGAUAGCAAUAUUUGAAGCACCAAAACUAGAAUGCCUAAAGCAGUGGGUCCCUAGAGAAGCAAGCGGUCCCAUCACGCAUGCAACAUACUCCUGUGACAGCCAAAUGAUAUAUGUGAGCUUCGAAGAUGGAAGUGUUGGUGUUCUUACCGCUUCAACGCUCAGAUUGAGAUGUCGAAUUAGUUCUGCUGCAUAUUUACCUCCCAAUCCAAGUUUGAGAGUUUAUCCUCUCGUCAUCGCGGCACAUCCAUCCGACCCAAAUCAAUUUGCAUUGGGACUUACAGAUGGUGGAGUCCAAAUCGUCGAGCCUUCGGAGUCCGAAGGAAAAUGGGGCACCGCUCCUCCAGCUGAAAAUGGCGCUGGACCAAGUACCACUUCAGGCGCAACCGGUUCAGAACCGCCUCAGCGGUGACCGGUCCAUGUGCAGGUAUCCUUAGAAAGGAUACAUCUCUUGCAUGCAUUUGAAUCUUUUUCCUUGGUGGUCCCAUUUUAAAAGUAGAAUUAAGGGGAAGCUGCACAAAAUUACAAUAGGUUGAUACAUAAAUGGCAUGCCAUCCAUCCUUUUUUUGCAGCAUAUAGUGUUUGAUUGAUUCCAUUAUUAAGGAUUUUGGUGUAAAUGUAGGAGUUGUUGCCUUAGAGAAGGUGGGUCUGACUAUAGACAUUUGAAAGGAAGGAAACCAGAGACAAAAUUUCUGUUGGUUGAUUAUAACUAGGAACCUUUAAAGGAAACUAUUAAUUAUUUAAUCUCAUUUUUUUUAGUUGA